ACCUAACAAAAUCCGUCUCCAUCGUUGGCGUCACGUACACGGAUUCGCUGCGGCGGCAAUAGAACAACGAUAGAAGGUCAUUCCGCGGCUAGAACUAUAAACAAAAGUGAAAAGUGCUAAACGUUCGUCUCCCCCUCCGCAAUGGCAGGCUUGCAGUGGCCCCUUCUGAUGCGAUUCUGAUGUGCAAUGCAGUCUGAUGCAUUGCUGCGUACGUCCGUUGCAGAUGGUUAGGUGAUAAAAAGGAAAACAGCGUGGAAGGCAAACGAUUCUGGGUUUUGAUCCCUCGAACAAACAGCAGGAAAACCUCGGCGUGAGAAGCAAGUGUCGGCGGCCCGUAUUGGAGUCGUGCCGCCAAGUAAACACUGUGGAAAAACGGUGGAGUUGGCAGUGAGGGUUUUGCAUUCCGUAGUGCUUUUGUCCACCGAACCGGGUUGCAAUAUGGUAGAAAGCUGUACCGCGGAGGCUCGACUGCGUGAGCCUUAGGCACACAAGAUGCCAUAUGUUCAGUGAUUGCGAAUCGAUUCGCAGCAGCAGCAUCACCAGUGCUCGAUAAGCACCUCGACCACCUCUACCGAUCGAUACUUCCAGGCCUGUGAAAAGCAACACCGAACCGCCGAUUGCUCAUUCAGGUAUUAUCAGCGGACAGAAGCACACAAAAAAAUAAGAAAUCACGGAAAUGUCGGUCCAGAUGACGAGAUAUAAGCAGCAAGUUUGUGACCCCGAUGAGGACAGCAUUGGGUCGAUCAACGAAACGACCCGUAGCCCAACGCUACACUUCCGUUAUCAUGCUGCCCGCGGAACAUCGCUCUGGAAUGCCCGGAGCAAGCUGGAGAAGGUGUUGAUUACGUUGCUGAUCUUCGCGAUCCUGCUGAUAGUGGUACUUAGCAGUCUGUUGGCCAACGAUAGCACCCGCAUUCUGCACGUUCGUCCCCACGGGGGAAGCGGUAAAGAUAAAGACGCGUUCGGGGUAGAUGAGCAGAUGCCGUGCCUCAACCAGCACUGCAUCUUUGCGGCCAGCGAGAUUCUCCAUUCGAUCGAUUGGUCGGUGGAUCCGUGCGAUGAUUUCUACGCGUUCUCCUGCAACCAGUGGAUCAAGAACAACCCGAUACCGGAGGGCAAGUCGAUGUGGGGUCUGUUUGGGAAGCUGGAACAACAGAACCAGCUGGUCCUAAGGAACGCCCUCGAGCGGCCACUGGCGGAGUUCAAAUCGAAGGCGGAGAUGAAGGCAAAGUUUUUCUACCAAAGCUGUUUGGAUGAGGAAGAGAUGGAGAAGCUGGGAGCGGCGCCGCUGCAGAAGUUGCUCAAGCAAAUCGGUGGCUGGAAUGUUACGGCCAAUGCGACUGGGUUCGAUGUGCAGAAGUGGUCACUCCAGCGCACGCUCCAGAUAUUGCAGAUCAAGUACAACAUGGGUGGGCUGUUUGGAUGGGCGGUUGGGGAGGAUGAUCGUAACUCCAGCAAGCAUAUCAUACAGAUUGAUCAGGGCGGACUGACGCUUCCAUCGAGGGACAACUAUUUGAACAAGACUGCCAACGCGAAAAUACUGGCGGCGUACCUCGAGUACAUGACCAAGGUGUCGGUGCUGCUGGGCGCCGAUGAGACCGAUGCCAGACGCCAGAUGGUGGAUGUCAUUGAGUUCGAGACGCGGCUAGCGAACAUCACCACGCCCCAGGACUUGCGGCGCGAUGAGGAGACGCUUUACCAUCCGAUGACGCUGGCGGCGUUGCAAGAGAUAGCACCGUUCAUCAACUGGCAGGAGCAUUUCGAAGAAGCGUUCCGGUUGGUGCGCCGUAAGAUUACGGAGAAGGAAAAAAUCGUCGUCUACGCGCCGGAGUAUCUCGUGAAGCUGAACCUCCUGAUGAAGGAGUAUACGGCAACGGAUGAGAAGAAAAUCAUUCUGAACAACUAUCUUGUGUGGCAAACGGUGCGAUCUUUGACCGCCUGUCUAACAAAGGCAUUCCGAGAUGCGUAUAAAGGUCUGCGCAAGGCACUGAUGGGUUCGGACGGUGGCGAGGAACUGUGGCGGUAUUGCGUGUCGGAUACGAGCAACGUGCUGGGAUUCGCGGUCGGUGCAAUGUUCGUGCGGGACGUGUUCCAUGGCGACUCGAAGCCACAGGCCGAGGAUAUGAUCAACCAGGUGCGCGAUGCGUUCAAGGAGAACUUUAAAAAUCUCGACUGGAUGGAUAGUGAAACGCGCCGUUUGGCAGUGGAGAAGGCGGAUGCGAUCAGUGAUAUGAUAGGCUUUCCCGAUUACAUUCUGAACCCGGAGGAGUUGGAUCGGAAGUACCAGGAGCUGAACAUUGAUCCCAAGACCUACUUCGACAACAACAUCAACUACAACAUCUACAGUCUGAAGAAGAACCUGGAGAAGCUGGAUCAACCGGUGAACAAGACCAAAUGGGGCAUGACACCGCCGACGGUGAACGCGUACUACACACCGACCAAGAACCAGAUCGUUUUCCCGGCCGGCAUUUUGCAGACACCGUUCUUCGACAUCAAGAACUCGAAGAGCCUGAACUACGGAGCGAUGGGUGUGGUGAUGGGGCACGAGCUGACGCACGCGUUCGACGAUCAGGGCCGGGAGUACGACAAGUAUGGGAAUCUACACCAAUGGUGGGCCAAUCGGACGAUCGAUCGGUUCAAGAACCAGACCGAAUGCUUCAAUCAACAGUACAGUGCGUACAAGAUCAAUGGCAAGAACGUAAACGGCAAGCAGACGAUGGGUGAAAACAUUGCCGAUAAUGGCGGUCUGAAGGCGGCUUUCCACGCGUACAUCAACAAUGAGAAGAGCAGCUUCACCGAUACGGACACGCUCCCACUGCCAGGCGUCAACAUGACCCACCGGCAGUUGUUUUUCGUUUCGUUUUCCCAGGUCUGGUGCUCAACCGUCACGGAGGAAACGACAACGCUACAGAUCGAGAAAGAUUCCCAUUCACCGCCCAAGUUCCGUGUGAUAGGGCCACUCUCGAACAUGAAGGAAUUUGCGGAAACGUUCAACUGUCCGCUCGGAACGGCCAUGAAUCCGUUCGACAAGUGUGAAGUCUGGUAGAGAGGCAGGAGAGACGAAGAGAGAAAGAGUGCUUCUGGAGCUUGCGUUGACGUUCUGAACGCCCAACAUUGCUCAAGAAUGCGUGUGCCAAAGCGCGGCAAACGCACUUCCGGUACGCACAGUUGGUACAAAACGGAUUCCUUUCCACGGCUCUUCGUUUCGCAAAGUGGCAAAGCGGGUCGACACGACUCCCACCGCACCGCGUUACUCAUGUAUGAGGAUAUGUUUUCUUAUUUGUGAUCAUUUUUUACUUUAACCCACAGUACGCUUAGCGAAUAAGCGAUGGAUGAGGUGCACGGAAGGAGCAGGAGGAGGUGCCCAUCUAUCAGUGCGCCAAAUUAUACAAAAAAAAAAAAACCAUUACGAUUACGUGGUCCGGGGAGCGGAGCGAAAUGAGCAAACGAGAUAUCAAUUAGAGGACUCUUCCUAUUUCUUAAGCGAGGAGAACGGUGUCGCUCGCUACAAGGAUUUUUUGUACGCUGUAGUUGUAUUUGUCCCGUAUUGGUUGUGUAAAGCUGCCAACUCAACUCCGCGUCAACCAAACAAGCGCCACACGCGCUGUCCCGUCUUCAACGGAUGCGAACAUCUGUUUGUUUUUUAUACAUUUUUCACAUGCCCGGGAUAGCAUUUUCGUUUACGAUUUGUGUUAAAGCCGUAUAUUCCACGUUUUGUGACCCGUACACACAAAACACAAACUACAAACUUCUAGUGUGCGUAAGAUUAAUAAUUGUGAUUGUAUCUUAAUGGAGCUAAACCAAAAAACAAAAAACAAAUCUCACAAGAACAGGAGCGAGAUAAGUGGUAGGAGCAGAAGCAGGAGCAGGAUCAACGGCGGUUGCACGUCGAUUGUCGUGUGCUAGGAUUGGUAAUCUGAGUUGCAGCCCGGGGGUUCCUGGUACUUGCAGACAUUUAAACAAAUUGAAUCAAUUCCUAUUAGACGAAACGUAUGGGACAAUUUGAGACGUUUGACGAGGAAAACCAAAAAACUGAAAUAAAACUUAUCUUAGUAUGUACAACCAUUCA